AUGGGUAUCAGCAGAGAUUCCCGCCACAAGCGUUCGCAUACUGGUGCUAAACGAGCUCAAUAUCGUAAAAAGAGAAAAUUUGAAUUGGGUCGUCAAUCCGGUAAUACAAAACUUGGUAUUAAACGUAUCCACGAAGUCCGUGUUCGUGGCGGGAACAGAAAGUUUCGUGCCCUUCGUCUUGAUUCUGGUAACUUCUCUUGGGGAUCAGAAGCCAUUUCUAAGAAAACAAGACUUAUUGCAGUCGUUUAUAAUGCCUCGAACAACGAAUUGGUUCGAACAAACACACUUGUGAAAGGUGCUGUUAUUCAAAUCGAUGCUACUCCUUUUAGACAAUGGUAUGAGGCACAUUAUGCUCAACCUCUUGGUCGCAGGAAGGCCAAGAAAGAUGGCCAGGUUGAAUCAGAGGAAUUGAGCAAAAAGCGUUCCAAUCACGUUAAGCGAAAGAUCGAUUCUCGUAAAGAGGAAGCCAAAGUUGAUCCUAUUUUGGAAGAUCAAUUUGCUACAGGUCGUUUGUACGCCAUCAUAUCUUCUCGGCCUGGUCAAAGUGGUCGUUGUGAUGGUUAUAUUCUUGAAGGAAAAGAACUUGAAUUUUAUGUGAGAAAGAUUAAAUCAAAAAAAUAA